AUGCUGCUCCGCAGCGCUGAAAUAAAUAUCAUGUCCGAGAACGGGAAUGAUAUGAGGCCCAGCUUCAAGGCAGAACUGUACAUGUGGUGUCCAGUUCUUGCUCUGUACUGGCUGGUCACAUGGUGUGGUUUAACAUUCGGACUGUACUUUACUCUCCUGAGAUCUGCGGCCCCACCUCUUGUGAUCUAUCCUCUGUUCCUCCAACUGUCGUACAGAUGGCCUCAGUUUGUCAAGACCUGGGAAAUCGUUCAGGAGAAAAUCACUCUGAGAGUUAGCUCUAGAGUUUUGUCUCGUAAAAUUUACAUCUACACUCUGAUUUUUGCAAGCUUAAGAUGUUGUUUUUUCCUCUCAGGGUAUGUGGUUGCAGGAGUUCGCAUCAUACAAUGUGAAGGUGUCACCACUAUCUACACCUUUGUGCACAUGCUGUUCCAAGUUCGUUUUCCACAUAUCUUCUCAAUAACCCCACCCACCUUUUGGAAGUGUAUCACUUGUGCCUUUCUGGAGCUCAUUUCAACUUUAUCAUGGCUGUGUGCGGAGCUGAUUGUUCUUCACAUUUCUCUCAUCCUUCUAGAAAACUUUAGAGUGUAUAAUGUGCAUCUAAAACAGUCAACAUUUAAGAGUUCUUCUCAGUUUUGGCAUGUCAUGCGUAAAGAAUACGUAUGGCUCUCAGUGAUGACAAAUUCGGCUGAUUCACUCCUCAGUCCUUUUAUAUUUACUAUACUUAUUUUGGAAACUAUGCUUCUAAUUCUAUUCAUCUACUUGGUUUUAACACAUUCCUACACUCUACUUAGCUAUGGCUAUUUUCUAAUUUUCUUCCUGAGCCACCUUGGAAUAGAUGUAAUCACUCUUGUAGCGAUGGCCACCAUCUUUGAUGAGAGCAAGAAACCUCUCACUGUGCUUCACAAUUUGCCUUCAACAUUAUUCUGCCAAGAGGUUAGACGGCUAUAUACCCAGGUCAAAAGGGACACAGUGGCACUCACAGGAUGCAAGUUUUUUGUUGUUACACAAACAGCAGCUUUAUCAAUUAUUAGUGCACUAGUAACCUAUGAAGUUUUGUUAGUUCAACUGGGAAAUUUAAAACAUGAACCUGAUAACAUGGACUCCCCUGAUGCUGGUUUUUGCAGUUGGAUUGAAACUUAUCUAAGCUUAAAAUAGAAUAAAAUAAAUAUGUAUAUGCA